AUGACCGAAAUCACCAGCAAUGGGGCUGCCAACGGCUCCAGCCGGAAUGGCGUCACAGUGCCCCAUGUUAAUGGCAAGGCCACAUACGCCGAGUUGCACAAGGUGGCCGACCACUUCAUUGGCGGCAACAAGCUCGAAAACGCCCCAGCCUCCAAGGUGAAGGACUUUGUCGCUAAAAACGACGGACACACUGUCAUUACGAACGUCCUGAUUGCAAAUAACGGCAUUGCUGCUGUAAAAGAGAUCCGAUCCGUUCGAAAAUGGGCCUACGAGACGUUCGGCGACGAGCGCGCCAUCCAAUUCACCGUGAUGGCCACACCAGAAGAUCUACAGGCCAAUGCAGACUACAUCCGAAUGGCAGACCACUACGUCGAGGUCCCCGGCGGCACAAACAACCACAACUACGCAAACGUAGAGUUGAUUGUGGAUAUUGCUGAGCGGAUGAACGUACACGCUGUAUGGGCAGGAUGGGGCCACGCUUCCGAAAAUCCAAAACUUCCUGAAUCUCUCGCCGCAUCACCGAAAAAGAUUGUCUUCAUCGGACCCCCCGGCUCAGCUAUGCGAUCACUAGGUGACAAGAUUUCUUCCACAAUCGUUGCGCAGCACGCCGAUGUACCUUGCAUUCCGUGGUCCGGAACUGGUGUUGACGAGGUCAGCGUUGACCAACAGGGUCUUGUGACGGUGCCAGAUGAUGUAUACCUCAAGGGAUGCGUAAAUUCUUGGCAAGAAGGCCUUAAAGCAGCCAAGGAAAUUGGCUUUCCAGUCAUGAUCAAGGCAUCGGAAGGUGGCGGCGGAAAGGGUAUUCGAAAAGCCCUAACUGAGGAUGGCUUUGAGCAGCUGUACAAGGCUGCUGCUAGCGAAAUUCCUGGCUCCCCCAUCUUCAUCAUGAAGCUCGCGAGCAGCGCCAGGCAUCUGGAGGUCCAACUUUUGGCUGAUCAGUAUGGAAACAACAUCUCUCUAUUUGGUAGAGAUUGCUCUGUCCAGCGAAGACAUCAGAAAAUUAUUGAGGAGGCCCCAGUUACGAUCGCAAAGCCCGACACUUUCAAGGCCAUGGAGGAUGCCGCUGUCAGACUUGGUAGACUCGUCGGUUACGUCUCGGCCGGAACAGUCGAGUAUCUCUACUCUCACGGAGAUGACAAGUUUUACUUCUUGGAACUGAACCCUCGUCUUCAGGUUGAGCAUCCUACUACUGAGAUGGUCAGUGGUGUCAACUUGCCUGCUGCUCAACUCCAGAUUGCCAUGGGUCUGCCGCUUCACCGCAUUCGCGACAUUCGACUUCUGUAUGGGGUUGAUCCCAAAACUUCAACAGAAAUAGACUUCGAGUUUAAAGACCCGGCUAGUGCUAAGACCCAACGGCGACCGGCUCCCAAGGGUCAUACUACUGCUUGCCGAAUCACCUCAGAAGAUCCUGGUGAGGGUUUCAAGCCUUCAAAUGGUGUGAUGCACGACUUGAACUUCCGAAGUAGUUCUAAUGUCUGGGGAUACUUCUCUGUCGGUACUGCUGGUGGUAUUCACAGUUUCUCGGACAGUCAAUUCGGUCACAUCUUCGCUUUUGGUGAGAAUCGACAGGCUUCGCGGAAGCACAUGGUUGUAGCUCUGAAAGAGCUUAGCAUUCGAGGCGAUUUCCGCACCACUGUUGAGUACCUGAUCAAGCUGCUGGAGACUGAGGCCUUUGAGGAGAAUACCAUCACCACGGGCUGGUUGGACGAGCUCAUUUCAAACAAGUUGACUGCUGAGCGUCCAGAUCCAAUGCUUGCGGUCGUUUGUGGUGCUGUCACAAAGGCUCACAUUGCAAGCGAGCAAUGCCUCGCCGAAUACCGAGCUGGCCUGGAGAAGGGUCAGGUACCGUCGAAGGACAUUCUGAAGACAGUCUUCCCUAUUGAUUUCAUCUAUGAGGGAUUCAGAUACAAGUUCACGGUGACUCGAUCUAGUGGUGACAGUUACCACCUUUUUAUCAACGGUUCUAAAUGCUCCGUUGGUGUCCGAGCACUGAGCGACGGCGGUCUCCUCAUCCUUCUCGAUGGUCGAAGUCACAACAUCUACUGGAAGGAAGAGGUUGGCGCGACGCGUCUCUCCGUCGACAGCAAGACUUGCUUACUCGAGCAAGAGAAUGACCCUACACAGCUGCGGACCCCAAGUCCCGGUAAGCUCGUCAGCUACACCGUUGAAAACGGCGAGCACGUCAAGGCUGGCCAGACAUUUGCGGAGGUCGAGGUGAUGAAGAUGUACAUGCCGCUCGUCGCUCAGGAAGACGGAUUGGUCCAGCUCAUCAAGCAGCCCGGUGCUACCCUCGAGGCUGGUGAUAUUCUGGGUAUCCUCGUCUUGGACGAUCCGAGCCGUGUCAAGCAAGCUCAACCUUUCCUUGGCCACCUCCCUACAUUUGGUCCUCCGAUGAUCGUUGGUACAAAGCCUUCCCAGCGGUUUACCAUGCUCUACAACACUCUGCAAAAUAUUCUAGAUGGCUUUGACAACACUGUUGUCAUGGCUCAGACGCUCAAGGAUCUGGUCGAGGUACUGCGGGACCCUGAGCUUCCUUACAGCGAGUGGAAUGCUCAGUUCUCUGCGCUUCAUGCUCGUAUGCCUCAGAAAUUGGAUGCUCAGUUCACCCAAGUUGUCGAGCGCGCCAAGGCUCGGAACGGGGAGUUUCCCUCAAAAACACUUGCUCGUACUUUCCAGAAAUUUUUGGAUGAUCACGUUGCGCCCGGCGAUGCCAACAUGCUGCGAACGACACUCGCGCCUCUCACAGAGGUGCUCGAUCUAUAUCAUGAUGGCCAGAAAGUCCGUGAGCUGAAUGUCAUCUCGGGCUUCCUAGAACGUUACGCUGAACUGGAGCGUCUCUUCUCUGGCCGCCGCCUUCAAGACGAAGAGGUCAUUCUCAAGCUCCGCGAUGCAAACAAGGAUGAUAUCCAGAAAGUCGUUCAGACAGUUCUGUCACACAGUAGAGUGAGCGCCAAGAACGGCCUAAUUCUUGCCAUUCUUGAUGAGUACCGUCCCAACAAACCAAAUGUCGGCAAUGUGGGCAAGCAUUUGCGCCGUGUUCUACGCAAGCUCGCGGAACUUGAGUCACGCCAAACCGCCAAGGUUUCUCUAAAGGCUCGAGAGAUUCUAAUCCAGUGCUCCUUGCCAUCCCUUGAGGAGAGGACAGCGCAAAUGGAGCAUAUUCUCCGAUCAUCUGUUGUUGAGUCGCGUUACGGCGAGACCGGCUGGGAUCAUCGCAAUCCAAGCCUCGACGUACUCCGGGAAGUUGUCGAUUCUAAGUACACUGUUUUCGACGUCCUGGCACUCUUCUUCGCGCAUGAUGAUCCAUGGGUCUCACUAGCCGCCCUCGAAGUUUAUAUCCGUCGAGCAUACCGUGCGUACAUCUUGAAGCAAAUCGAGUACCACAGUGACGAAACUGAGAUCCCCACAUUCAUCUCAUGGGAUUUCCAACUACGAAAGAUCGGUCAGUCAGAGUUUGGCCUUCCCCUUCAAUCCGCCGCUCCUUCGUCUCCCGCAACUCCCAUUUCGGGUGAUUUCGGCUUUAAGCGAAUCAGCUCCAUCAGCGACAUGUCAUACCUCUCCCGUCACACAGAAGAAGAUCCGGUUCGCAAGGGAGUUAUCGUUCCUUGCAGGUAUCUAGACGAUGUCGAGGAGUUGCUGUCAAAGGCUCUUGACAGUCUCCCAGUCAAGCGCAAGAAGAAUAGCCUGAUUCCUGACCUCAGCGGCAAGCGCAGACCUCAAGUACGCCAAGACAGCUCUGACGAGCUUUCGCACGUUGUCAACGUUGCUGUUCGCGACUCUGAAAGCGAUGAUGAUCACGAGACGCUAUCCCGCAUCCUCCCCAUCAUUGAGCAGUCCAAGGAGGAGCUUUUUGCUCGUGGCGUGCGCCGAGUGACCUUCAUCCUCGGACGCAAUGAUGGAUCAUAUCCAGGAUACUACACGUUCCGAGGCCCAGCUUACGAGGAGGAUGACAGCAUUAGACACACUGAACCAGCCCUUGCCUUCCAACUUGAGCUGAAUCGACUUUCAAAGUUUAGGAUAAAGCCUGUCUUCACGGAGAACAAGAACAUCCACGUGUAUGAGGCCAUUGGCAAGGCAGUCGAGACAGAUAAGCGAUAUUUCACUCGAGCCACGAUUCGUCCAGGUCGUCUUAGGGAUGACAUCCCAACCACCGAAUACCUCAUUUCGGAAGCGGACCGUGUCAUCAAUGAUAUCUUCGAUGCUCUAGAAAUCAUUGGCAACAAUAACUCGGACUUGAAUCACAUGUUCAUCAACUUUACUCCCGUGUUCCCACUCCAGCCAGAAGAGGUCGAGCAUUCACUGCAGGGCUUCUUGGACCGAUUUGGUCCUCGCGGUUGGCGUCUACGAGUUGCUCAAGUUGAGAUUCGCAUCAUUUGCACAGAUCCUGCCACUGGUCAGCCAUACCCACUGCGUGUUAUCAUUACCAAUACCUCUGGAUAUGUCGUCCAGGUCGAGGUGUACGCAGAGCGAAAGUCUGAAAGGGGCGACUGGGUAUUCCAUUCGAUCGGAGGUACUACGAAGAUUGGCUCCAUGCAUCUUCUGCCUGUGUCCACGCCAUAUCCCACGAAGAACCAUCUUCAGCCGAAGCGAUACAAGGCUCAUUUGAUGGGUACUCAAUAUGUCUAUGACUUCCCCGAGCUCUUCAGACAAGCCAUCCAGACUAGCUGGGCCAAGGCUGUUAAAAACAAUCCGGCCCUGGCAGACAAGCAGCCAGCAGUUGGCGAAUGCAUCGACUUCAACGAGCUGGUCCUGGACGACCAAGACAACUUGGCUGAGGUUUCGAGAGACCCCGGAACCAAUACCUGUGGCAUGGUCGGUUGGUUGAUUAACGGCCGUACCCCCGAGUAUCCUCGUGGUCGUAAAUUCAUCGUUGUUGCCAACGACAUCACUUACCAGAUUGGUUCAUUUGGCCCUAAAGAGGACCAUUACUUCAAUAAGUGCACGGAACUUGCUCGCAAGCUUGGCAUUCCGCGCAUCUACCUCUCGGCCAACUCUGGAGCUCGCUUGGGACUUGCCACUGAGUUGAUGGCACACUACAAGGUCGCCUUCAAUGACGUCGAGAAGCCUGAGGCCGGAUUCAAGUACCUCUACCUCGAUGAGGAGGCGAAGAAUAAAUUCGAGGGUGAUGUCAUAACUGAAGAGAUCACGGAGGACGGUGAGAAACGGCACAAGAUUGUCACUAUCAUUGGUAAGGAGGACGGUCUUGGUGUGGAGUGCUUGAGGGGCUCUGGUCUCAUCGCCGGUGCGACCAGCCGUGCUUACAACGACAUCUUUACCUGCACACUGGUUACAUGUCGUUCAGUUGGUAUUGGCGCUUAUCUCGUCCGUCUUGGACAACGUGCCGUUCAGGUUGAGGGCCAGCCCAUCAUCCUUACUGGUGCGCCUGCCCUCAACAACCUGCUUGGUCGUGAAGUGUACACUUCGAACUUGCAGCUCGGUGGUACACAGAUUAUGUACCGAAAUGGUGUGUCUCACAUGACGGCUAACGACGACAUGGCGGGUAUUUCCAAGAUUGUUGAGUGGAUGUCCUUCGUGCCAGAUAAGCGAAACAACCCCGUCCCGGUAAGUCCGAGCGUGGACACAUGGGAUCGUGAUGUUGUCUACACUCCGGCUCAAAGAGUGCCUUAUGACGUCCGAUGGAUGAUCGCUGGUAAACAGGACGAGGAUGGCUUCCAGCCUGGUCUCUUCGACAAGGAUUCCUUUGUGGAGACUCUUGGAGGCUGGGCGCGGACAGUUGUGGUCGGACGUGCCCGCCUCAGCGGUAUCCCGAUGGGUGUGAUUGCUGUUGAGACCCGCUCUGUUGAGAACAUCACUCCUGCUGACCCUGCCAACCCCGACUCUAUCGAGCAGGUGUCCAACGAGGCCGGUGGUGUGUGGUACCCUAACUCCGCCUUCAAGACUGCUCAAGCCAUCAACGACUUCAACUAUGGCGAGCAGCUUCCUCUUAUGAUCCUUGCCAACUGGCGUGGCUUCUCCGGAGGUCAGCGUGAUAUGUAUAACGAGGUCCUCAAGUAUGGUUCGUUCAUUGUCGACGCUCUUGUCAAGUACGAACAACCUAUCUUCGUGUACAUUCCGCCUUUUGGCGAGCUCCGUGGCGGUUCCUGGGUCGUCGUUGAUCCAACUAUCAAUCCCACUGCCAUGGAGAUGUAUGCCGAUACCGAGGCUCGUGGCGGUGUCUUGGAGCCUGAAGGUAUCAUUGGUAUCAAGUACCGAAAGGACAAGCAGCUCGAGACGAUGGCGCGCGUUGACCCCGUUUAUGGCAGCCUCAAGAAGCAAAUGACCGAGGCUCAGAGCAAGGGUGCUUCUAAGGAGGUAACCGACGUCAUCAAGAAGAAGAUGACAGAGCGUGAACAGCAGCUGUUACCUGUCUACAGCCAGAUCAGCCUACAAUACGCUGAUCUUCACGACCGAGCUGGUCGCAUGAAGGCCAAGGGUGUCAUUCGCGAUAUCCUAGAAUGGCGCAAUGCCCGGCGCUUCUUCUACUGGCGUGUGCGAAGAAGAUUGAAUGAGGAAUACAUCCUCCGUCGCAUGGCUGCUAUCAACAGCUCUGCAAAGGCUACUCCGGAACAGCGUGUCCGUCACCUGGCCAUGCUACAGGCUUGGUCAGCUAUUCCACAAUUUGAGACUCAGGACAAGGAUGUUGCGAUCUGGUAUGAGGAGAACCGCAAGGUGGUCCACGAUAAGGUGGAGGCCUUGAAGGCUGAGGCUGCCCGCGAGCAAAUCGCGAGCCUCUUGGCUGGUAAGGCGGCCUUCUCAGGUGUGCGAGAUGUGCUCCGAACCAUGCCUAUCGAACAACGGGAUGAGAUUAUGAAGUUCUUGCGGGAGUAG